UAAGGUCCCAGCAUCUCAAUACUUGAGCUUCAUCAAGCCAUCUCAUAAGAAAACCCGAUUUUUUACUUUUUCAAUUGCUGAUCAAUGCUGUUUAAACACAUUCAAUUCCUGUCUUAUUCAAUCCAGUCAAUCCCCUUCAAUUAUUCUCUUCCAAUGGAAGAAUUGAAACAAUUUACAGAUUUACAUACUUUUUGAAUUCAAGGACAAUGCACUUUUUCCAAAAAAAUUUAGGGUAAAAAAGAAAUGGAAUUUUUGUAGACUGAAAAUAGAACGAAACAGUUGAAAACCUAUCUCAUCAAGCGCUGCAUUCAUAUGAAUCACUGUUAAACCUGCUGUGUUUACUCUUUGAAGUCCCCGGAUUACUGAAUGAAUCAAAGAAAUGGAGAAAUCCCAAAUGAAAAAGUUGAUAUGUUUGGUGAGACUGCACCGCGAAGUAUGGUGGAAUGGAUUCUCGGAAUACAUAGAAGAAGUCUGGCCAAUCUGGAAUUCCAUAGGUGCUCAAUUGAAUCCCCCAAUUUCAGGAUAUCAGGCGUGGUCCACCUUCUUGAAACUUGGAGAGUUUUUCUACACCUUGCUGAAAUUGAAGAGACAGAGUGAGGAAACUUUCACACCUGUGUGGGAGUAUUUCGAGGACCUCCAGUUUCUGCUGACACCAGAAGAAAUCCCUUAUGAGACUCCUAGUGCAAGUGAGGAGGAGGUGCAAAGCGAUUAGCCUUAGUUAUUGAUCAUGAUGGAAUAAUUCAAAUAAUUUCAUUGUUUACUUUUUUUUGUUAAUAACCAAUAAGCAUAUC